AGGUGGCGGCGGCGCGGCGCGGCGCGGCGCCUGGUGUCUUGGGCUGUCGGUGUGUGUGUUGCGCUCGGUGGAUUGCGGGGGCUCGGUCCUUCUUCCCUUCUGCGGCGGAAGACUGGUGCGUAGGUCCGACCGACUGACGGCCUGGGGUCGGCCGUGCGACGGAGGCUGGAGUCCCUGCUGCCGUGAGAGUGGACGGCGCACAGGAGGAUCCCAGGGCGCAGAGCGACUCCAGGAACACACUGGUGGAUUCUAACAGCGGGGCAAAGCAGGGAUCCUAUUGUGCCUCCCAAGGUUAAGGACUGAGGGUUCCCAGCGUGGCCGUGCACGGAACAAAGCAGGAUCCUAUAGUGAUUCCAAGGACAGGAGGGUGGGGGGUUGUCCCAAGAGUGAAACCUGAGUCCAUCGGAGAGUGGGGUGCCUCCCCCCCCCCACAGUGAACCCAGGGGAGAGCGGAGGCCCCGGUUGAUUCCCAGGGGAGUGUAGUGGGUAAUAUAUGGUGAGAGUGGGGUCCACGGAGUGAUCCCCAAUCGAUAGUGAGAUCCCUAGGGAGGAGAAGGGCCGAUAGCAGUUCCCGAGGGGUCCCCAGCGUGACCACCAGGGGAGGGGGGGGAGUCCCGAGACUGAUUCCCGGGGGAGGGGUGGUGCGCUGAUGUGGAAGGAGAUCCCAAGAGCAAUUGCCAGGGUAGUGGGCAGUUCCAGAACAUUCUCUGCAGUUAGUGAUCCUAGUUUGGGUACCAGAGCAGAGGGGGAACGUAGUGUUUUUACAGUGGAGGAGGUGGAGUCCCAGGGUGAGCUGAGGCUAUCAGGAAGACCCUGUUGAAGUCCCAGGGCAUGUCAACCAGAGGAACAAGCACAGAAGCUACAAGGUCGAUCAAUGGGAUGGUCUAAACAUCUGAGAAGAAUGCAACAAGAAAGACAGAUCCCUCUGCAACUAAGAAUAUUCUCACAACAAAAGCCUUAUUGAGAGAUUAUAGAUACAGCAUUGGAAUGGCUAACCUGCUGGGAACAAAACACUGACUUCCAUCUUAAGCUUUCUCUUUGUUGGAGGAAAGUGUCCUUAAAAGAUUCUUCUAAUUUAUGACCUUUCUUCAUUGGAGUCGAGCAGUAUAUUUUUUAAGAACGAGAAAGUCACCAUGACGAGGUUUUGAAUGUCUCAGCUUUUGUCUGAAUGCUGUGGAAUUGUGAAGAUAAUCAGUGUUACUGCUCAGAAGUCUUAACAUGACUAUAAGGGUCCUGGAAUGUGAACUGUGGUUGGGGUGUACCUUUCCUUGAAGCUUGGCCACCCUUCAGACAGUUCGCUUUACUGAACUGAAAAAUGAGCUGCGUCCCCUGGAAAGGAGACAAGUUAAAACUGGACUCUGAAGUGCAGCCGCCCACUUUGAUUUACCACGAGAAGCAGAGGAGGGAGCUGUGUGCGCUUCACGCUCUCAACAAUGUCUUCCAGGAUGGGAGGGCAUUCACCCGUGAGACGCUGCAGGAGAUUUUUCAGAGGUUGUCUCCAAAUACCAUGGUAACGCCGCACAAGAAAAGCAUGCUGGGAACAGGAAACUACGAUGUCAAUGUGAUCAUGGCUGCUCUUCAAACGAAAGGUUACGAAGCAGUUUGGUGGGACAAACGAAGAGAUGUUAAUACAAUCGCCCUGUCAAAUGUGAUGGGCUUUAUCAUGAACAUCCCCUCCAGUUUGUGUUGGGGUCCCGUGAAACUUCCUCUCAAGCGGCAGCACUGGAUUGGCGUACGCGAAGUCGCAGGAAUCUACUACAACCUCGACUCGAAGCUGAAGUUGCCGGACCAGAUUGGCAAUGAGGACGAGCUCAGGAAGUUCCUGAAACACCAGCUAAGGGGGAAGAACUGUGAACUUCUCUUAGUCGUAAGCGAGGAGGUGGAAGUUCACCAGAGCUGGAGGAUAGAUGGUUGACGCGAGGAAUCUCAAUCAAACCUGUCUUUGUAGCCACUACAGCUCUGCGUUCAAUGGACAGAUCUGAACUUUCAGCCACAAUGCAUAAAGAAAAUUUUAUCAGAGGAAAAAAGUACAUUUUAUUUCAGGUCUGCAUAUCUUAAAAUGAUUCGGUGGCCUAAAGUAUCCUACACAAGAGCUGGUGCUUUUUUUAAACAAAAAAUUAUAUAUAUAAACUACUCUGUGUGGGAAAACUUGAUGAGGGACAGUAAGUGUUUUGUUUUUGUCUUGUUGCUUUAGUAAAGAAAAAGUGUAUUAUGUAUAAAUAUCAAAAGUUAGUACAAGAUUAAGGCAGGCCAGGUAACACUUGACCUCUGGGGCCAAGGCUAAAUUAAAGCAAAAAUUCAAUUGAGCAGCAUGCUCCCCUUCCCAUUAAUGUCUCACUAGGCUCCUUCUAGAGCAGGAGUUCCCAACCUUUUUUUUUAUGCCAAUGGCCAAUCCCAUUAAGCAAGGGGUCCAUUGACCCCAGGUUGGGAACCCCUGUUCUGGAGGAUUUUCUCAGAAACACAGAAGAUGCUGCAAGCUGUCAGCUUUUUGGGUAGCAUCUCCGGAAAGAGAAUGAGAGAGAAAAACAACUAAUGUGAUAAACCUUCAGAGCUGAUGCAUGAUUUUGUAUUUCUGCCCCUGCACAGCUUGCUAAUGUUCUCUAGUUGAGAAUUAAAAAGGAUUAGAUUUCUAAACACUUGCUGUAACAUUAGGAAACCAAAAAGAGAUUAUUGCCAAUGGUGUUACUAAUAUAUAGAUGACUGGGAGAAUGCUUAUGUUGGCCAAAAUUGUCCCUUUUUUGUCCAUUUGGCCUUUGCACUCAGACUUAGUGACAAAUCAAGUUCUAAAUUGUUUUGGCUCUUUGUUUCUUAAAAUGGACACUAAACUUCGGUGGUCACAUUGACAAUCUGGUCAAGAGUAGAGGGCACAGUUGGGAUCCUGUUGAUAAAGGGUUUCUAACUGCUUUGUAGCUUGUUUAAAAAUGUGUAGUGCGUUACUGCCUAUGAGUUUUUCUGUGCAAUUCAAAUGCCCCAUUACUUGAAGUACUUCACACUAGGUGACGUCCAUCUCCAAGGAUGGGUAGGUCCCCUACGUACCCCCACGAGAUUUAAGUCCCUGCCACACAGAGUAUAAAGUCAACCGAUCUUGGCUUGGAGGGCUGGGUUAGAGCUUAUCAUUCCCCCCCACCACCCCCAAGCCCAAAACCA